AUUUAUUUAAUUUAUUAUUAUAAACGUUAUUUAUUUGUUUUCAAGUUGUUUAUUUAUAUAUCAUUUUACUAACAUACAUGAUCCUUAACGAUAUGUACCCCCCACAAUUUUCACAAACUUUACUUGAUAUCAAUAUACGGGUUGUUUAAGGUUCCUAAGGGCUCUCGAAUUUUCAGGAUGACCUUAGGUAAAAGAAAUUUUUAAAGACCCAUUUUUACUAGUCGCACAGGGCUGCUUAGCGGCCCUCGAAUUCUCAUAGAUGGGUUGAGAUAAAAAAAAUUAGGAUACUCCUGAAUUUUUCUUCUAGUUCCGCCACUGUUUGGCUGCAAGUUUCUUGCUAGUUUGCCGUCUUUAUAAAGUUGGCCGUUCGAGAAAAAAAGGGUAAUGUGGCAAAUACUCGGUAAUAUUUAGGUCUUUUAAGAAUUUCUCUUCAUGUAUUUCAAUCGGUAAUAUUUAGGUCUUUUAAGAAUUUCUCUUCAUGUAUUUCCAUGCUUCUGUUCAAUGUUAUAUCAUUUGGACAUGUUUCCGAUAACGAGGUUUGUUCAAUGCAUCCAUCUUCAUCACUUAAUUGUUUACUUUUUUUUUAACGGCAAAUUUGGAUCACUGACGGACCACUGGAGUAUCAUCGUGCCACCAGCGGAACCACCCGAUUAUAUCCAUCUCUACUAGGCAUAAGGCUACACGGUAUGGGGGUCGGCCCCGGCCCGUCGCGGGUCAGCGACGGUCCAAAUACCGUGCCGCCCCCUACCGUCCCCGUCCUCUCCGUCCCUAUCUAGCCGUUUGCGACGAUGCAAAAAGAGUGGGGCCCAGCUAUUUUUUGACCGUUAAAAAAAAAACAAAAUAACCAUAAAUUGAAAAAUGCCAAACGGUCACUUGUUAAAAAUAUAUAAAUAUAACUUCCAUUUUCACUAUCAAACACCAAAUUAAUCUUAAAAAUUCACCUCUUUCUCAUAUAAUUUUUAUACUCCUUCCACUAUUCUCUCAACCUUCUUCCACAUAAUUUUCAUGGAUCCGUUCAACAACCCGGAGAACCCGAACACUUCGAACAACCCGAAUACUCCCAACAAUCCGACCCAACCAAAUGUUUUUUCGGUUCCGGGAUAUUAUCCAACGCUAGAACCGAACCAAUUCUCCCAAUAUUCAUCGAACGCGUUUGCUUCAUUCCAACACUCGCCAAACCUCACUCAAAUCUCCCAAAAUCAAGCCCUUCAACAAAUGAUGAUGCGGGGUGCUUGGAACUUUCCAUCCGUUCAACCUCAACCGAUCCCGACCCAAUCCGAACCCGAAGACGAUGUGGAGAUUGUGCCCGAAACCCAACCGCCUAAAGGGAAAGGAAAACGAAACAAAGGCAAACAAGUGGUGGGUGAUCAAACGUCGAAACCGAAGGCGAUUAAGUGGACCCCAAUCGAAGAAGAAGCCUUAGCCAAGGCUUUCAUUGGCACUUCCGACAACCCGGUAAAAGGUAAUAACCAACCGGGUGACGGGUUUUGGUCCAAGGUAUUGGCCAAGUUUCUCGUCAUGAUGGACCAAGGCCCGUAUAGAGAUAACGACUCGGUUUCCUCGAAGUGGCGAAAAUUGAACUCGGCCAUUAAUCGGUUUUGCGAGGAGUAUAACAAAUUAUAUACAAGUGACCGUCGUAGCGGGUGGAACGACGAGGAUGUGUUCAAAAUGGCAUUGGAAAAGUAUAAGCAAAAUCAUGGUUCCAACUUUCCUCACGUUCGCGCGUGGAUGGUUGUAAAAGACGACCCAAAAUGGGCGCCCAUUCCUAACGAGGUGGCGAUGGCGAAACGCCAAAAAACAUCGGAAACGGGUAGUUUAAGCGCCGGUGGAUCGGACGCGAGGUGUCACAUAAACUUAAAUGAUGACGCCGACUAUGACGAAGACGAGUAUAACGUACGUGAACCCGAGCGUCCACCGGGCCGAGACAAAACAAAGAAGGAGCGGGCCAAGGGAAAAGAAAAGGAAAAGGUGGACCCGAACAUGGUUGAGUUUAUGGAAGACCUAAAAAUGUACAACGACAUCUCGGCCCAAAAGACGAAGGCGAAGGAGCGGGCCGUCGAAGAAAAAAGUCGUGCAUCGGACGAAAAGUUAAAAGAGAAGGUCCGAUUGUCGAAUGAGAAAAUCCGAAUUUCCGAUGAAAAAAUUCGGCUUAAGGAAUGGGAAAUAAUGACGAUGAAUGUCGAGGACGAACCCGAGCCGAAACGUUCGAUGUUGAAAAAAUUACAACACGACAUCAUGAAAAAACAUCAAAUUAUUUAACUUUAUGUUUAUUUUUAUUAAGUCUUUUUUUUUAAGUUUAUGUUUUUUUUUAUAUUUAUGUAAUGUGGGUUUAAUAUUAAUGAAAAUAUUUUAUUAGUAUAUUUGUUAAAUGUUAAAAAAAAAUAGAAUACUAAAAAAAAUAAAAA